AUCCGAUGCUAAUGAACAUAAACUCAGCAACCUUUCUAAUUUAGUAAAAAAUGACGAGGUUUACCACCAAUUCCGUUGUCAUAGCCGCCAUUUUCUUCGCAAUAGUUUUGGCUUUUACAAGAUCAGCUGAUGGUUCAUAUGAUGGCGAGCAGCAAGCAGCUUAUUACUCGCCGACAAAGUCACCACCACCACCACCACCACCACCAUCUAACCCUACAUGUAGGAAGUUGCUUGAACUCUGUACAAGUUACGGUGCUUACAGUUGUUGCGGAGGGUUUGUUUGCGGAGGUAGGUUUGAAAACCUUCCUGUAGGAGUUGGAGUGUGUACGCCUUCGAAUCAACCACCACAGCUACCAGCACAAGAGUGUCAAAUUGCGCAUCAACUUUGUCAGCCUUAUGGUGAUUAUAGCUGUUGUAAAGGAUUAACCUGUGUUCAUCCUCGAACACUACCUCCAGUCGCGGGCAUUGAACCCGAACAACUGAUGCUUCCUCCUGGUGUUGGGAUAUGCGAGCCGAUUAAACUUUAAUCUAAGAUCACAGCUAGCCAUAUGAAAUGAGAUCAAUGGCCUUCUUCUUUAUGUUAUAUUUAAUUUCUAUUAUUGUAAUUUGUUUACACUAUUGUAUUUUGAAAAAUUUGUAGUGUUAUUUUGAAGUUGUAUGUAUCUUUAUUUGAGAUUUAUUUACUCUAUUAAUUGA